AUGUUCGGGCUCUGGAGAACCUCCAACAGCGUGCUUCUCGACCUCACUCUGGCCGUCGGCCUCGGAGGGCUGGUGGGGAGCGGGCUUGUCCUCUGGCACCUCGGCUUCCGUGUCAGGAAGGGCCCCCUCUCCGUCUACGUCCUCCGCCCGGCCGCCGCGGACAGCCUGUUCCUCUGCUGCCAGCUGGGCUUCUCCACCGUCCAGGCCGCCCUGGGCUCCCGGGACAACCUGUCCUUCGCGGGCUUCUCCGCGGGGCUGGGGCUGCCGGCGGCCUCGGCACCGAAUGGCUGCCUGUCCCACGUCUUCCCCACCUGCAGCCCCGGCUGCCGGCCCAGACACACCUCGGGCGUCGUCUGCGGCCUCGUCUGGGCCCUGAGCCCGCCGGCCAUACUGAGGCCUGCCAACGCCUGCGGCCCGCUGCGGCCCGCACCGGACCUGUGGCUGCUGUCCCCGGCCUGCGCGGGGGAGCCCGGCGCCCCCUCCCUCCGGGUGAACUGCUGCUCCCAGCACCCGCGGCCCAAGUUGUGGGGCUUCGCUCUGGGCUCCGGGCUCCUCUUUUGGGGCCUCCUGCUGGUCUUCUGGAGCCUGUGGCCCCUCCUCAACCUCCUGCGGCCCCUGUUCGGCCCGCUGGCCACCCUCCGCGACACCAAGCCCUUCAUCUGCUUCACAGCAGGCCAGCAGCCGGGCAAACGCCAGCCGCUGUGCGUGGUUCUGCAGAGGUCCCUGAGGGAGGAGGCCGCGCGGGGGGCCAGGGGCCAGUCUCUGCCUCAAUGUGAUGAUAAGGACGAGGUGGUUGGCUAUAAAAACUCUGUACUCCGGCUGUUCUAG